UUAAGCUUUCAGAAACAUGCGAAGACGUAGCAACAGACAAUAUGUUGAUCUCUCAUAUUUUCGCGAAACUGCCGAUGCGCUAUUAUUCGACGUUGAAACCAAUUCACGCGAAUUCACCAAUGAAAUCAACACUGUGAAGGAGGAGAAAGCCAAGUGGGAUGAGAGAACACCGCAAGGGUAUACGGCAAAGCCAAUUAGUUUUGAGGGCGCAGACAUAUGGUGUUCUUGGAUAUGUACAGUACCUGGACCGAGAGGAAGCCCCUGGGAGGGAGGGGAAUAUGAGGUUUCCGUGAACUUUCACAAAUGGCCUAUAAUUCCGCCAAUUUGUGAAUUCAAAACGCCGCUUCAUCAUCCGAACGUGGACCUCAGAGGAUCAAUUUAUCUUAAAAUGCUGGAACAAGAGCACUGGUCUUCUGAAACUUCACUCAAGAAACUUCUGAGGGAAAUCAGCAAUCUACUUGCAACGCCCGAUCUUACUCAAGCUGCAAAUAUUGAAGCCUGGAUGGAAUAUGAGAAUCAGCGUGAAAAUUACGAGGCUAAAGCUCGAGCUUAUGCUUGGACAGUUAACCCGAACGCCGUGGGAUACAUGGAAGUAUCCGAGAAUUCCGGAAUUCAGAGGGAGACAGCAAAGGCUAAGUUGGCAGUGCAAAAUGGUGCCAUGGAAUCGGACGAGGAUGAUGACGAUCUACCAAUUGACAUCGAAAACUAAUAUUACACAAAUUUUUAUAUUUUUGGUAUUGGCCAACGUUUUCUGUUGAAGACCUUUUCCACUUUCUCAAAACUUUCUUGCCGACACUCUAUGGAAUUUUUCAGAUUUUUCUCCAAAAAGGUGCCAAUUUUCUAUACACAUUUAUUUAAAUCCCAAUGCCCCUUUUUUGCAGCAAACUUACCUGACCUAUGUGAUAAUUUUUCCCAUUUUCCCUACUUUCCCGAUCACACCAAUUUUUCAUUCUCUUUCCAAAACCAUGUCUUUUUACGAAAAAAGUGAUUAUUGUACCAAAUAAAGCUAUUCCAAACU